AUGGUCGAUUCAGCCCAUAGUGGGGAAAGUAAGCCGGACCCAGAACAUGACAACGUCGGCGAGCGCGAGAGAAUCCAGAGGAUUCAAGGAGAAGAUGACAUCAUCGAUAGAAACGCAAAUUCUAUGGAAGGUAUAGAGAAACCUGAAAAGGCGGCGGAGGAAGGAGAUAUGAAACCCGUCGAACCUGAAGGGCGGCGGAGGAAGGAGACGGAGAACCCGUCGUUGCGGAAGAAGACCCAGUGGACGAUUUUCUCAAUGGUCGGAAAAGCAAGAUGAAGCAAUGUCUCGAAUUCAACUGGAACUCAGGAACACAGAACAAGCUAUUCUCGAUUUCGACAGGAUGUUGCGUCAUCUAGAAAGAGAGCGCCGGUGCACCUCGACGAUACGAUCAGGGACACAUUAACAAAGCUCAUAAACGCUUUAUGAGUUGUGCCUUCUGCGAGGCAGUCGGACAUUAUUACUCCGACUCCUGCACGGUGGUCCGCGACGUAGCGAGUAAACCAGCUUAUUGAAAGCAACAGAAGAUGCAAGCAAUGUCUUGAAGUGAUUUGCGCCCGAAGACUCGCGUGUAUGAAAAACCUUACUACUUGCUUCUACUGCCGUAGGCGAGGCCACCAUAGCGCACUCUGCGAAUUCCCGGACUACUGUGCCACCAUCCGUUUACGGAAAGCGAAUGCACACGAAGCAAGGAGGAGAAGCUUUGCAAAGCUGUUACGCUUACGAGAAGAAUGUCGAAAUAAGGCUAUCUCAUCCGUAAAAGUCAUGCGCCUUCACCUGCGCCUAGUUGUUGGAAACACACCUACAGAGGCAAGACUCUUCCCCACCCCAACGGCCUGGGCCUUCCCUUUUUUCGUUAGCAAAGUCAUUCCAUCCCAUUCCAGUAUUGCAGCUCCGAUGCGAUCGGAACCUCAGAAUUCGAGACACAUGAUGGCAAUGAAAAAGCGAGCUUAUCCCCAGAUCUGA